UACCUGUCGGCACUUGCCUCUGAAUUAUCCGUGUCUGACUUUUCUUACGGGACAGUUACUAACGCUAUCAGCUCACUGGACACACAAUUGAUGCACUUUUAAUCUCAUUCUGCGGAUUUUAAAGACAGUACAGUGCAUGGAAUGACGGUACAUUACUGUCUGUUCAUGUUGAUGUAACAGAAAUCCGACUUUCACCUGAAACCUGCUGGUUCCUUAAACACUCCUGCAAUUCUACACAGCAGUAAAGACUCCUGGGCAGGAGUGCUGGAACAGGAAGUGUUUUUUAUUUCAGCAUGGGGAGUAAGGAGAAAUAUCACUGGCAAACCCAAAAUGUGAAGGUCAGCGGGGUGGACGACAUGGUCCUCCUUGCCAAAAUCAGUGAAGAUGCCAUCACAGAAAACCUCAAGAAAAGAUACAUGGAUGACUACAUCUUUACAUACAUUGGCCCUGUGCUGAUCUCUGUAAACCCAUUUAAGCAGGUGCCGUAUUUUACUGACCGGGAAGUGGAGCUGUAUCAGGGAGCUGCACAGUAUGAGAAUCCGCCACAUAUUUAUGCUUUGGCUGAUAACAUGUAUCGCAACAUGAUGAUCGAUGGAGAGAACCAGUGUGUCAUCAUCAGUGGAGAGAGCGGAGCAGGAAAGACGGUAGCAGCCAAGUACAUCAUGAGCUACGUCUCCAAAGUGUCAGGAGGUGGACCUAAAGUUCAACAUGUAAAAGAUAUCAUCCUUCAAUCUAAUCCUCUGCUGGAAGCUUUUGGGAAUGCCAAGACAGUGCGCAAUAACAACUCCAGUCGCUUUGGAAAAUACUUUGAGAUCCAGUUCAGCCGAGGUGGCGAGCCUGAUGGAGGAAAGAUCUCUAACUUCCUGUUGGAGAAAUCCAGGGUGGUGUCUCAAAACCAUGGAGAAAGAAAUUUCCAUAUUUACUACCAGCUUUUGACAGGGGCUACCAAAGAGCAGAGGGAAAAUUUGGGCAUUACCGCUCCUGAUUACUACUUCUACCUGAACCAGUCUGGUACCUACACUGUGGAGGACAUCAACGACAAGAAGGAGUUCUCCGACACUAUGGAGGCCAUGUCAGUUAUAGGUCUGUCUCUGGAUGAACAAGAUGCAGUGCUGCAGAUUGUGGCAGGGAUUAUUCAUCUGGGUAACAUCACUUUCAAAGAGGAAGGCAACUAUGCUAUGGUGGAGAGUGAAGAUUUUCUUGCUUUCCCAUCAUAUCUUCUGGGAAUAGCUCAGGAUGGCUUGAAGAAGAAACUGACAAGUCGGAUCAUGGACAGUAAAUGGGGAGGAAAGACUGAGAGCAUUUCUGUCACUCUCAAUACAGAGCAGGCCUGCUUCACACGUGACGCUUUAUCAAAAGCACUGUACGCCAGACUUUUUGACUACCUUGUCGAUGCAAUUAACAAAGCAAUGCAAAAAGACCACGAGGAAUUCAACAUUGGAGUUUUGGACAUUUAUGGUUUUGAAAUCUUCCAGCAAAAUGGAUUCGAGCAGUUCUGCAUAAACUUUGUGAACGAGAAGCUUCAGCAGAUUUUUAUUGAGCUCACUCUGAAGGCAGAGCAGGAAGAGUAUGUACAGGAAGGAAUCAAAUGGACACCAAUUGACUACUUUAACAACAAAAUCGUAUGCGACUUAAUAGAGUCCAAAGUGAACCCUGUGGGGAUCAUGAGCAUUUUGGAUGACGUGUGUGCUACCAUGCAUGCCAAGGGUGAGGGUGCAGACCAAACACUGAUUCAGAAGCUGCAGAUGCAGAUCAGCAAUCAUGAGCAUUUCAACAGCUGGAACAAGGGCUUCAUAGUUCAUCACUAUGCAGGCAAGGUAUCAUAUAAUGUGAGCGGCUUUUGUGAGAGGAACAGAGAUGUGCUCUUCAAUGACAUCAUCGAGCUGAUGCAAAGCAGUGAAUUCCCCUUUAUCCGAGACCUCUUCCCAGAAAAUCUUGAGGCUGAAAAAAAGGGUAGACCCACCACUGCGGGCGCCAAGAUCAAGAAACAGGCCAAUAACCUGGUGCAGACACUGAUGAAGUGCACUCCUCAUUACAUUCGCUGCAUCAAACCCAACGAGACCAAGAAACCACGGGACUGGGAGGAGAGCCGGGUGAAACACCAAGUGGAGUAUUUAGGCUUGCGGGAAAACAUCAGAGUACGGAGAGCCGGCUAUGCCUUCCGUCGUAUCUUCAAGAAGUUCUUACAGAGAUACGCAAUCCUGACCAAGGAGACAUGGCCACAGUGGCGUGGAGAUGAAAAACAGGGUGUCCUGCACCUUCUGAGGUCGGUCAACAUGGAACCAGACCAGUACCAACUGGGCAAGAGCAAGAUCUUCAUUAAGGCCCCAGAAUCACUGUUCCUUCUGGAAGAAAUGAGGGAGAGAAAGUAUAAUGGAUUUGCUCGGGUCAUCCAGCAAGCCUGGCGUAAGCAUAUUGCAGUUCGCAAAUAUGUCCGGAUGCGAGAGGAAGCAUCUGACAUCCUGUUAAAUAAAAAAGAGCGGCGGAAGAACAGUCUCAAUCGUAACUUUGUGGGUGACUACAUUGGCACAGACAGCCGCCCUGAGAUCCGUCAGUUUGUGGGUCGCAGGGAAAGGAUUGAAUUUGCGGAUGUGGUGGUCAAAUAUGAUCGCAGAUUCAAGACCGUCAAGCGUGACCUGAUCUUGACAUCCAAGUACCUCUACCUGAUUGGUCGAGAAAAAGUAAAACAAGGUCCAGAGAAGGGACAGAUUCAGGAGGUCCUCAAGAGGCAGAUUGAGCUCGAGAAAAUUCAGACCGUCUCACUGAGCACUCUGCAGGAUGACUUUUUCAUCCUGCAUGAGGAGCACUACGACAGUGUGCUGGAGUGCGUCUUUAAAACAGAGUUUUUAAGUCUUCUCUACAAACGUUAUGAGGAAAGGACUCGGAGGAAGCUGCCACUGAAGUUCAACAACCUACUUGAAUUCAAAGUGAAAAAAGGAGGCUGGGGGCCAUUUGCAUCUGCUGGCUCUCGGCAGAUCCAGUUUCAGGUGGGCCAGGGAGAUAACGUGGUGCUCAAACCCAGCAGCAAGACACUGAUUGUGAGCAUCGGGCCAGGCCUUCCUAAGAACUCGAGACCCACUCGGCGUGAUAUGCGGAAGAGCAGAUACUUGGGAAAUCAGAACCCAGGAAGAUACUCACAUGAGCGCUCAGCAGGUAGUGGUCGAGGAGGGGCAAACAGGAGCCGUCAUACAGGCUCCAGAGCAUCUCUGCUGCGCCAGCAGUCAUCUAUGGAUCAGCCCACCCUUCCCCGCAUCCACAGUCCUCGGCCCAGCCAGAACCAGACCCAGAACAACACUGACAUGGGCUUCAUGAAAGUCCCUGACCAGGGAGUGGCAGGUCUUCAUCGACGAAUAUCAAAAGAAGUUAAGCCUGUACCUGGAUCAGGGGUACCAAAGCCUGCACCGAGGCCCAAACCUCGCUCCCCACAGUGCCGUGCUCUGUAUGCAUAUGAUGCCCAGGACACUGAUGAGCUCAGCUUCAAUGCAAAUGACAUUAUAGAUAUCUUAAAUGAAGACCCUUCAGGUUGGUGGUAUGGUCGCCUACGGGGAAGAGAAGGCAUGUUUCCUGGGAACUAUGUUGAAAAGAUUUAGAUCAGGACCCCAGUGGUGGAAGGUUUGAUUAUUGAUUUAGGAGCAAGCAUAGAUGAAACCCAAGUACAUUAUGGUAUGGUGAUGUAUACAUACACCUGAUACAGUAGACCGGAGAACUCUUUUGAAUAUCAGAGACAAAAUAAUCCAAUUUAAUGGAUAAUUUUAUCUCUAAUUUUAUAAGUGUUUUAUAUAGGACAUUUGAAAUUUAUUUUAGGAGCUUUUUGAACAAUCACAAGAUAUAUUUUUAUGCAUAUAUGCGUUAAAAUUGUGUAGAAAACCUAAAGUCCAUUCCACUGUUUUUCUGGGGUUUUUUUUACAAUCAUAUAAUUUGUUUUAAAAUCAUAAACAGUUUUAAUUAAUGUAUUUUAUCUGUAAACUGUGUCAUCUGGAUGAACACUCAAACGAACAACAAUAAAGACCAAUUUAAUUAUUU